AUGGCCGGAUUGCGGCUCUCGAGUUACCUCACUGGAACAUGGCUGAUUACUCUCAUUACCAUUGCCAAUGCCUGUUCGAUGGCAUGGUUCGGUUAUGAUCAGGGUGUCUUCUCAGGGGUUCUCAUCUCAGCGGAUUUCAAAAAACAUUUCCCCGAAACAAGCGACUCGAAUAUAUCUGGGAUCACCUCCAGUUGUUUUUCUCUGGGUGCCUUCUUUGGUGCAAUAGUCGCUUUUACUUUGGGUGACAAAAUGGGUCGAAAGAAAACGGUUGCCCUUGGUCUUCUCUGUAAUACCAUCGGCGCAAUAUUACAGGUAGUCUCAUGGGAACUGCCUCAGAUGAUCGUGGGCCGCAUCGUCAAUGGGUUUGGCAUGGGACUAACCUCAUCUACCUGCCCUGUCUAUCAAGCAGAAUGCUCUAGUCCUCGCGCGCGUGGAAAGCUUGUGGUGGUGGGCUCCCUUUCAAACACUGCCGCGUUUUGUCUGGCCAACUGGAUGAAUUAUGGCCUAUACUUCCAGGGCGAGGCCCUUCAAUGGCGCUUUCCUCUCGGGUUCCAGCUGAUUUUCCCCGUGGUUGUUGCCGCUGCUCUUCUCGUGAUCCCCGAGUCGCCGAGAUGGCUGUUGCUCAAGGACCGACACGAGGAGGCGCUACAGGUUCUGGCCCAACUAGAAGGCAAGGGCAGCGGGAUCGAUGACCACGAAGUGACAGCUCAAUAUCUAUGUAUCCAGUCAGCGCUGGAGGUUGAGCGCAAGGAUCGCGCGCCUACCAUGGAUGUCUUGCUGUGCCGCGAUAAGACACAAAAUCUCCGACGACUGCUCUUAUCAUGUGGGACGCAAUUUAUGCAACAGUUCAGCGGCGUCAAUGCUCUUGGUUACUACCUUCCAACCUUGCUGCAAGACAGCGUUGGACUGCCUGAGCAAGAGAGUCGUCUUUUGACCGCUGUCAACGGAACGAUUUAUCUCUUCGCGGCCUUUUGUUGCCUCGCGAUAAUCGAUCAAUUUGGUCGUCGCAAAUUGAUGCUCUACGGUUCGAUGACCAUGGGGGCAUGCUAUCUUAUUGCUGCCAUCUGCCUCAAGACUGGGGAGAGCGACAGUUCCCAAAAACGCCUGAUGGGUCGUGUGACUACCGCCAUGUUUUUCUUGUAUUACUUCUUCUAUGGGACAAGUUUCGCCAAAGUCCCUUGGGUUUACAACUCAGAAAUUAACUCGCUUGGCUGGCGUACGCGAGGCGCCGCCGCGGCGACAGCCACCAACUGGAUUGGCGGUUUUAUCGUGACCCAGUUUACUAGUGUCGGAGUCACCAAUCUCCACUGGCGAUUUUAUUUAAUUUUUGCCAUUAUUGGCUGGGCUUUCUUUCCGAUUGUGUUCCUCCUCUAUCCCGAAACCUCACGCCGCACACUCGAGGACAUGGAUGAGAUGUUCAUUCAAAAUCCCUCCGUAUUCGUGUGUGGAAAACCGGAGAUGACGCAGCGCGAGCGGCCCGAGACAUUUGCUGUCGCAGAGAGGCGCCGUAUUGUGGAAAACACGGAGCUAGGAAGGGAAGUAAUGAAAGGAGCAGCAGCGGUCCAUCAUGAGCGAGUUGGAGGAAGCGCUUAG